CCGAGUCCCCUGAUCGCGCUCCCGCCACGCUUCUCGCUGUGCCUGGCCGCUCCGUGACGUCAGGAUCCGCCCACAGGGCGCGCACCGUCAGUCAGGAAAAGGGGGUGAAGAAGAUGGCGGACGUGGAAGAUCAGCUGUCCGACGAGGACAAGGUACGUGUAGCCGCAAAAUUCAUCAUUCAUUCUCCGCCAGGAGAAUUUAAUGAAGUGUUUAAUGAUGUUCGGUUCCUGCUUAACAACGAUAAUUUACUCAGGGAAGGUGCUGCUCAUGCCUUUGCACAAUACAACUUGGAUCAGUUCACCCCAGUAAAAAUCGAAGGCUAUGAAGAUCAGGUAUUAAUAACAGAGCAUGGAGAUCUUGGUAAUGGAAGAUUCCUGGAUCCUAAAAACAAGAUUUCAUUUAAAUUUGAUCACUUGAGAAAGGAGGCAAGCGACCCAAGGCCCUAUGAAGGAGAAAAUGCCAUAGACUCCUGGAGGAAUGUUAUUGACACUGCAGUGAGAUCCUAUGUGAAGGAUCAUUACCCAAAUGGAGUUUGUACUGUGUAUGGUAAAACAAUAGAUGGACAACAGACGAUAAUAGCAUGCAUUGAGAGUCAUCAGUUUCAAGCUAAGAACUUCUGGAAUGGACGUUGGAGGUCAGAAUGGAAGUUUACAAUCACACAGUCCACUACAAAGGUGGUUGGCAUUCUAAAAAUUCAGGUUCAUUAUUAUGAAGAUGGUAAUGUUCAGCUAGUGAGUCAUAAAGAUAUUGCAGAGUCGCUAACUGUGACGAAUGAAGUUCAAACUGCUAAAGAGUUCAUAAAAAUUUUAGAGGAUGCUGAAAAUGAGUACCAGACUGCAAUCAGUGAAAACUACCAGACUAUGUCGGACACUACUUUCAAAGCCUUACGCCGGCAGCUGCCAGUGACACGCACCAAGAUUGACUGGAACAAGAUUCUUAGUUACAAAAUUGGCAAAGAGAUGCAAAAUGCCUAACGUGAACACUGCAUGACUGGAUGAUUUUAGUGUCUGUGCAUAUAAAUAAACAUGAUUACAAAAGUAUUUGGAACUGCCAACUCGCCUGGUCAGCAUGGCCCUUUGCUAUUAAAAUAGGAAAUCACUGUAAUAUUAAAUAAUUCAGCUACAGCACAACAUUUACCUUCUACGUUUCAUUUCAAUUUGUUUACAUUCGGGGGUGGUAUACGUGCUGUAUUGGAGCGAAAGAGAAAAUAUGACUGUAAUGACAUAAAAUAAGCUCUUCAGUGUAAGGCUAAUGCAAGGAUAUUUAGCGACACAUGAGAAAACUUUCAGAUCAGACUAGUCGGUACAGUUCUACAGCCUGUUGUGCCACUUCUAGCAUGGGGCUCUUAAAUGUGGCUCUGCUGUGUGAGGUGCGUUACUUGUCUGAAGACUUUGUUGUACCUUUUACAUAUUUUGCUAAGUUGAACUAACCCCCUUGAAGUAAAUGAAGUAAGGCUAGGCUCUCUCAUUCCGAAAUGGAGAAAUCAGUCAUUGCUUAAAUAUAUAGUAAAUGCUUUCUUCCCAUGACUGCUAUUCAAAUUGGCUUGAAAUCCAUCUGCCCUUAACUCUUAUUUUAUUACAUAGCCGCCAAUGUAUUAUAACAAGGCAAAUUGUAAUAUAUAUAUAAUCCUGUACUCAUUAUCAUGUCUGUCAGUUUAUUUUUCUGUUUCUGCACUUGAAAUGUAUUACAAUUCAAUGUGACAUUAAAAUGCAGAUUUUCUAUUUCUCA